GAUAUAUCAAGUAGCAUCUCGGAGAACAACUCGGUAGCUAUCACUGCACCUUUACCGGCUAUCAGUCGAUUUCCUGGAUUUCUCUCUGCAGGGAUAUCCAAUAAUACAGUCUACGACACCCUGCAAACGAGCUCUGUAGUCGGACAUGCAACGGUGAAUGCAACGACGAUAACCUCGAGUUGCGGAUUACUUCCAAAUGUCACGUACUCUCGGAAUGACAACACAGCAAGUGUUCCGCUUGGCAAUGGAAAUAUUAUGACCAUGACUGCAUCUUCCCCCUGGACAGACCAGAUACAAGUACUUUCAUAUAACGGUGGUCCGGGCAAUAAUUCCGACAUAUAUUCACAGCCUGCCGUCUUGUUAAUGGUCUCUACCUUGUUGGAGAUUGAGCCUUCAGUACAAAAGGAGGUUGCCGUACCGACGAUUUGGGUAUGUCCAGAUGUGAAUCAAACCAUCGAAGUCUAUUUUAUGCAAUGCUCACUGUCAACCAACAAUGCAAUAGUGGUGGUCGACAUGCAAACCAACACUCUAGAGAAUCCCAUGCCUGUCCUGCAGCCAUCCACGCAAUGGGAGGAAACGCUUCAGUGGACAUCUACCGACUGGUCAGCAAAUGUUGGUUACAUUUUUUCUAUUGCAGGCAGUAGCGGGUAUCCAUUUAUAGAUCAAUCCGGAUAUACCAGCGAACCCUCGAUUGUGGAUGAGUCUAUAAUGACAUUGGUAGGAUUGAAUCUCGAAGCUCAAUAUAUCCAAUCGUCCACCAACUGGGACCAAGUUCCCGUUUCUAAUUUCACCCUGAGCCAGGAUAAACUAGAAGCCGCUAUUGCGCAAACAGUUGCACAAGUCACUUGGAUGGCGGGGCGAAUGAAUGGAGGAAUUCAACCUGGCGAGGGGAUGACCCUUGCCUAUGAAGAGGUGACUGCCCUACGCCUGAAUAUCACCCUUCUUCCUUUGCUGUUUGCGACCUCUGCGUCGGUGAUCAUGUUGGGAUUGGCUCUAUACACGACAAGAGCAUUUCAUGCAUCCCGCAACACUCAGGCUCCCAUCUCAAAUGCAGGCGCACUGCAACUCUUAUGGUUGGGCUAUCAUUCAGCAUCUGUCCACAAAGCUUUGCAAGAUGUGGAACAUCCGACGGAGGAUAACUUACGUCGCGCAGGCAUGCUAGAUGUUUGUUUUGCAAGCAUGACAUCUGACGAAGAGCUGCCAAUGACGAGUUUAAUUGAUAGUCUCCCUGUCCAGGCAGUUGACCGUGACGAAUCUGACGAUGGGAUGUCACAUUCAAGUUGGGUUUGA